AUUCCCUUCACUAGCGAAAAUAGAUACCAAAAAUACGAGAAAUGGUGCAUAUCUCCCGUUUUUCGGCAUACACCAAGGAUGACGUGCGGAAAAUGGUCACCAUCCUUAAGGAAUUUGUUCUUGUUUAUACAGAUAGCAGAGUUUCCAUCAACUACCAGAGUCGCCCCGUUGUGCUCUUCUUUACUACAAUUAUAGGCACCUUUGGUAUCGGGACUUUUUUCACAUUAAGAUCUUUAAUCCUUGCGUGGAAGGAGUACUGGCUGAAGAAAAACUCUCCAAGACCAAUAUUGACAAGGCAAAGCUCAACGGUUCUAAAAAACGGUUCGAGGCAGAUUUUCCUACCUUGCGGUAAAUCUCUGACCACAAAAGUUGUCAUUCCCAAGCCUAACUUAGACCGCUACGCUGCAGACAAGUACCUAUAUAAAAACUUCCACAUCGAGCAGACGCUAAAGCUGCAAAGAAACAUAUUGAACUCGACGUUUCUCAAUCAAAUCGUCAUCAUAUGGCGAAUUCUCAUUCCAAGGCUCUAUAGCAAAAACUCGUCUUUGCUCUUCUCGCAGUGUUUUUUUCUUAUUCUUCGAACAUGGCUCUCGCUACUAAUUGCCAAGCUCGACGGACAGAUUGUGAAAAACUUGAUUUCCGCAAACGGCAAAAAAUUUGUGCGAGACUUGAUAUAUUGGAUCUUGAUUGCAUUCCCAGCUUCCUAUACGAAUGCUGCCAUCAAAUACUUAACAAACAGGCUCUCUUUGGGCUUCAGAACCAAUUUGAUCCGUUACAUCCACGACAUGUAUUUGGACAAGGUCAUGACAUACUACAAGAUACUGUUAAAUCUGUCUGACAUUGAAAAUAUUGAUCAGUACAUAACUAAUGAUGUGACCAAAUUCUGUGACUCGAUCUGCGGCCUUUUCUCUAGUAUGGGAAAGCCCUUCAUAGACUUGGUUUUCUUCUCGAUAUACUUGAGGGAUACUCUAGGGACUGGUGCUAUUGUUGGUAUUUUUGCCAACUAUUUUUUAACCGCGUUCGUCCUAAAGCGCUUCACCCCCUCGUUUGGUAAGUUGUCCUCACGGAGAACCCAUCUUGAAGGAGCGUACUACAAUCAGCACUUGAAUCUCAUCACAAAUUCAGAAGAGGUUGCCUUUUAUAAGGGCUCCUUAAUCGAGAAAGCCAAAUUGCGUGAGAGUUUCGAAGGUUUGAUGCUGCAUGUUUCCAAAGAAAUCAACAUAUCCUUCAAAUACUCGGCAUUGGAAGAUUACGUGCUCAAGUACACAUGGUCGGCCUGGGGGUAUGUUUUUGCGGGACUACCAGUGUUCUUGGAGGAUUUAUGGCCUAGCACUUCAACUCAGCAUAUUGACGAAGGGGAGACAGCGCCCAGUCUCAAAUCAACGAAAAAAGCAGUUGAUGAAAACCAGAAUAUGCGCCAGUUCAUUAUUAACAAGAGGUUGUUGCUCUCUUUGGCUGAUGCUGGCUCGAGAUUGAUGUAUUCUCUCAAAGAUAUCUCAGACCUCACUGGAUACACUGAUCGGGUAUUCAGUCUUCUCACCAAUUUACACAUGACUCAUUCUCCCACCUACAGUUAUCGUUCCAAGUAUGGGCCUAGUGACAUACAUGGCACAAUUCAAAGCAAUUAUGUCGGAGGUGUUCGCUUUGAAAAUAUUCCGGUAAUAAUCCCAAGCAAAGAAGGUUCGGACGGAGAGAUAUUGGUUGACAAACUAAACUUCCAGCUACUGAAAAAUAACACGCUCUUAAUUUUGGGGCAUAAUGGUUGUGGCAAGACAUCUAUUGGGAGAAUCAUGGCUGGAUUGUGGCCUUUGUAUCACGGUUUGUUGUCGAAGCCAAGUGAAGAUGACAUAUUCUUUUUGCCUCAGAAGACUUACUUUACGAACGGAAACUUGCGGGAUCAGAUCAUAUAUCCGUCGUCCUAUGAUGAUAUGGUUGCUAAAGGAUACAAUGAUGACCAUUUGUAUCACAUAUUGCGGGAAGUGAAGUUGGAUUAUUUGUUGACAAGAGAAGGGAAUUUCAAUGUGAAAAAAGACUGGAAGGAUGUCUUCAGUGGAGGAGAAAAACAGAGAAUGAGCAUUGCUCGUGUGCUCUUCAAGAACCCCAAGUUUGUUGUUUUGGAUGAGUCAACCAACGCAGUGAGUACCGAUGUUGAGGAUUAUCUUUUUGAGCUCUUACAAAAGAAAAAGAUCGCGUUCAUCACAUUUUCGCAUAGGCCAUUGUUGAUGAAGUACCAUGACUACGUUUUGGAGAUCAAGAAAGGAAAGAAUGCAGAUGGGUGGGAAUUUCACGAUUUGACAUCUGAAGAAAACUUGAAAACCAUCGACAACGAGAUCCAGGAGAUUGAGUCGAAGCUAGCUCGCAUCGAGGAGUGGGAGAAGCGCAUUGAAGAUAUCGAGAGCUACUUAGACGGCCACAACGAUGAAAUUCAAGAAAGUGCCCUUGACCUCGAGGAAGCGAUUACUAUUGAGGUCUAGCACGACAUUUGGCGGCCCGCGCCUUGUUCUAUUUCUCUUAAGCUACUCAUGUGUUUCUGGGAUUUAUUCCACGUCUCACCCUACCAACCCGUUGAUUUAUUCAAUUUGAUUGCUUUAUACCGAUCCUGCUCUCCUAAGGGUGUUGGGGUUUUUAUUAGUUUGUUUUAAAUCCCAAAUUAUUUUGUUCCUCUACAUGUGGUGAUUUGGGAUAAUUAGAAAGUUUUUCGGAAUCACCAUUUGCAUUUCUGAUU